GAUCAGUGUGGCCCCAGAAGUGCCACCUGUCAGUGUCCAUCAGUGCCAGCUGUCAGUGCUGAACAGUGCCACCUGCCAGGGCCCAUCAGUGCCACAUCAAUGCCACAUAUCAGUGCCCAUCUGAGCUGCCUUUCAGUGUCACCCUUCAGUGCCAGUCAGUGCCACCUAUCAAUGCCAAUCAGUGCCACCUAUCAGUGCUGCCAAUCAGUGCCAGUCAGUGCCACCUAUCAAUGCCAAUCAGUGCCACCUAUCAGUGCUGCCAAUCAGUGCCAGUCAGUGCCGCCUAUCAGUGCCAGUCAGUGCCACCUAUCAGUGCCAGUUAGUGCCACCUAUCAGUGCCAGUCAGUGCCACCUAACAGUGCCAGUCAGUGCCGCCUAUCAGGGCCACGUAUCAGUGCUGCCUUUUAGUGCCCAUCAGUGAUGCCUGUCAAUGCCCAUCAGUGCCACCUACCAGUGCCUCCUCAUCAGUGUCCAUCAGUGCAUCUUAUCAGUGGCCAUCACUACAGCCUCAUUAGCGCACAUCAGUGAAGGAGAAAAAAUCACUUAUUUACAAAAUUUUAUAACAAAAACUAAGAAAAAAACUUUUUUUUCAAAAUUUUCUGUGGUUUUUGGUUUGUUUAAGAAAAAAUAA